CUCCAUUUCCCAGCAGCCUCAGCGGCGGAGCGGAGCCCCGGCGGCGCCAGGCCCCCUCCCAUGCGCGGUCCCCUCCUGGCAGCCGCCUCCCGGGGGCUGCUGGCCAUGGGCGACUCGGCUCCUUUGGCUCGUACGAUCCGUUCCAAGCUGACCCAGGCUCUGGAGCCCACCCACCUGCAGGUGCUGGACGAGAGCUCCCGCCACGGGGUCCCUCCGGGCACCGAGAGCCAUUUCUCCGUGGUGGUCGUGAGCGGCCGCUUCGUGGGGCUGUCGCCGCUGCAGCGCCACCGCCUGGUGCACGACGCCCUGGGCGCCGAGCUCGCGGGACCCCUGCACGCGCUCGCCAUCGUCGCCAGGACCCCCGAGCAAUGGCAACGGGACCCCCACGUCCCUCCCCGACCCCCUUGUUUGGGGGGUUCCAAACGAGAGCAACGUGAAGAGGGCGGCGUCGACCCUGAGACCGCCCCCCCCGCGGGUUUAGACGGAGGGAGGGGUUAAAAACGGGGGGACGCCCCCCCCCCCCCCGGCAGCGUUUUGGGGGGGUUGGAGGGGGGUGUGGCCCCCUCCUCAAUUCAUUGGAAGCAGAUUCGGUGCCUCGGGUGCAGCCCCCCCACCCCAAAAAUAAACGCUUGGGAG